AUGGAAGUGUGUCACGAAUGCAAUUGUGAUUCAGUUGAAGUAUUUGACGGCAUCUCCGAAUCUUCUAGAAGUCUUGGGAAAUUUUGUUCAGGAGGAAGUUUGAAGCGAAUUUCUUCUGGUCGAUCUCUUUUUGUAAAGUUUACUUCAGAUGAGUCGAACGUUGGAGAUGCCUUCACAGCAUCCUAUCACAUGGUAGCUGAGGGUAAGAAUACUGUCGAUAAAUUAAAUACUGCAUGCUACCCAGUGAUGGGAAACUACUUUCCCAUUUCUUUAUAUGUAUAUGAUAAGCGAAACUUGGCAACGAUGCCAUGUUGGAUAUCCUUACAGGGUGACGGGUUAUCUGGUAAUGAAACUCGGAAAUCUUUAAAGGGGAAAUAUUUAAAGCAGGAAUCUUAA